UCUCGCACAAUCGGCGAGAUUUGGUGAUUCACCGCAACCACAGGUCUUUUUGAUUCCCGAAUCCAUUUGCCGCAACAACGUCUCAUCCUUGACCUUGCCGAUGAGGCGAGGGGGAAGGUGAAGAGGGGACACUGCCGCUGCCAUGGGAUGCGCGCAGUCCCGGAUCGAAAACGAGGAGGCGGUGGUGCGAUGCAAGGAGCGCCGACAGUGGAUGAAGUCGGCGGUGUCCGCCCGCAACGCCUUCGCCGCCGCCCAUUCCGCCUACGCCGUCCAGCUCAAGAACGUCGGCGCGGCUCUCGGCGAGUUGGGACAGGGAGAGUCCUACGAACCUAACCGACCUUCCUCCUCUUCCUCCGCUGCUGCCGAAUCUUCCGCCUCCGUCGCCCCGAUCCAGCCGCCCACCGAUGCCUUCUUACCGCCGCCUCCGCCGCCGACAGAGUUUUCCGCAGUCCCUAUCCAGCGCUCCAGAAGCAUGCCCGACCUUCCUAAUAAGCUCCCUUCGAAGAUCAAGCCGGAAGCCUCCAUCCGCGAGGACGAUGACGAGGGGGAAGAGGAGGCCGAGGCCGACGAUGAGGAGGAGGAGGAGGAGGAAGAAGAAGAGCGUGGGACUCGCCUCAAAAGGCGUCAUCGGACCGCCAGAGCUACCGCGGGAUUCGCAUCGCCCUCUCCUCCCCCUCCCGUUCCCUCGCCGCCUCCCCCUUAUUCCACGCCCCCUUCGCUGCCGACGGAUUCAAAUCCGAAUGGCAUGGAAAACAAGUGGGAUUAUUGGUUGCCCAUGGACCAUACCAUGUUGCCGCCGUCGCUAGACCCGCUUGAUGCGAUCCGUUCUGAAAGAGCGGAUGCUCCAGAUGAGAAGCUUAACACACCAUCUCCAGCGCCCCGCACUGCGAAUCACCAUGAUGAUGAGCCUCUGACGCCAGAGAAGGAUGUCAUCGAGCCUCCGCUGCCACCAAAGGUGCCAAAGAAACUGAAGCAGGGGCGAAACGUGCACCAUCAGCACGCUCAAUCUGCAUCAACUCUGGAUGCCAAGAGGGGGGAGAUAAUACUGGCAACUCGCCCAAGUGUUAGUCUCUCAAAGGUUCUUUUGGAACUCGAUGACCAUUUUCUUAAAGCAUCGGAGAGUACGCACGAUGUGUUAAAGAUGCUCGAGGCGACUAGAAUGCAUUACCACUCUAAUUUUGCAGAUAGCAGAGGUCACAUAGAUCAUUCUGCCAGGGUCAUGCGUGUUAUUACUUGGAAUAGAUCGUUUAAAGGUGUUUCCGGGACAGAAGGCAAGAAGGAUGAUUUUGAUGAUGAUGAUGAUAAAUGGGAGACUCAUGCAACUGUGUUGGAUAAGAUCCUGGCAUGGGAGAAAAAGUUAUAUGAUGAAGUGAAGGCAGGUGAGCUUAUGAAAAUUGAGUAUCAGUGGAAGGCUGCUUUACUUCAAAGGCAAAAUAAUCGUGGCGCCAGUACUGAAACACUGGAAAGAACUAAAGCAGUAGUUAGCCAUUUACAAACUAGGCUCAUUGUUGACAUGCAGUCGGUGGAUUCAACUGUGUUUGAAAUUGAGCGUUUACGUGAUAAACAGCUUUACCCAAAACUUGUGGAUCUUGUUGAUGGGAUGGCUAAGAUGUGGCAGGUCAUGCACAAGCAUCACAGUGAUCAGCUAAAGAUAGUUAAUGCCCUUGACAUUUCGAAUGCUCCCAAGGAAACAAGUGAAGUACAAUAUAAGCGCACAUUACAACUGUUCAGAAUCGUCAAAGCAUGGCAUACGCACUUCUGCGGACUUGUUAGUUAUCAAAAAGAGUAUGUGACCGUUCUUAAUAGUUGGUUGAAGUUGAGCGUCAUCCCAAUUGAAACUGGCUUGAAAGACAAAGAGAAAGUAUCAUCUUCGCAUCGACCACCGAUCCAACCUUUCGUGCAUACAUGGCAUGAUCAUCUGCAAAAAAUCCCGCAUGAGCCUGCAGCCAAUGCUAUCCAAAGCUUUUCGGCUGUCAUAGAUUCAAUCCGGACCCUCCAAGAUGAGGAGAUAAAGCAGAAAGAAAAAUGGGAGGAGAUGCACAGGGAGUAUUUGCGAAAGAAUCGAGCUUUUGAAGACUGGUACCACAAGCAUGAACAUAAGAUGAUGAAAUCAACAGUAGGUGCACCUGAGAGUGCGGAAGGGACAACCGAGAAGGACCAGAUGGAGGAAAGAAGGUCCUAUGUUCAGUCUCUCAAAACUACACUGGAAGGAGAAGUUGAAGCCCACCGGAGGUUGCUGAAGCAGGUGAGGGAGAAGACUGCCACUAGUCUCAAGACGCACUUGCCUGAACUUUUUCGAGCUAUGUCAGAGUUUGCUGAUUACUGUACCAGGAUGUAUACUAGUUUGAAGUUGAUCGCCGAUCAGAGUCAACAACACACUCACUCACCAGCUUGAUAAGUGUUAGAAAUCCUGUCUUAUGUUUUUUUUUCCUAAAUAUUUUCUGUUUCUUGUUUGAUUGCGGUGUUCAGAUCGGUGACUGGUAAAUGUAAUUAGCUCAUUAGUAAUGUAAUUCUGUUUGUAAUUAUUAAUAUUAUUAUUAUUUUUCAAAAA